AUGGCUACCCCCAGUGUCCUAACUUUUGAUGCUGAGGGCCGUGCCGUUGACUUUGAGGUCUGGAUCGAUGACCUCCAGCUGUUUCUCCAGUGCGAUAGGGCAGACGGACUCUCUCUGUUCGAUCUCACCUCUGGUGUCUCUCCCGCCCCGCCUAAUACUGUUGACAGCACUGUUCGCUCACAGUGGGCCAUACGCGAUGCUGCUGCUCGCCUUGCUGUGCGUCACCACUUACCGACCGCUGAGCGUGCGCACUUUAGCCAGUACAAGAGUGCUAAGACCUUGUACGACUCUGUAGUUGCACGCUACUCCUCCCCUGCCACUGCUGCUCUUAGCCGCCUCAUGCUGCCGUACCUGUUCCCUGACCUUGCUGCCUUUCCCACAGUCGCUGACCUCAUUACUCACCUUCGCACUAGUGACAUUCGCUACCGCGCUGCGCUUCCUACCGAGUUCUAUGCCAAGAACACCCCCCCCAUGUACAUCACCCUCUACUACAUAGUCACCCGCCUCCCUGACUCCCUUCGCUUAGUCAGGGACCACUUCCUCUCAGUUUUCCCCACCACUCUCACCGUCGAUCUCCUCGAGGAGCGCCUCCUAGCAGCAGAGAAGAGCAUAGUCGCUGUAGGAGCCUCUCGUGCGGGAGACGCCGCACCGGCAAGGGCAAGGGGGGCAAGGGCGCUGGAGGGGCUGGCGGGGGCGGUGGAGGUGGUGGUGGAGGCAGUGGAGGGGGUGGGGGUGGUGGUGGGAGUGGUGGCGGGGGUGGAGGUGUCGGUGGCAGCAGUGGAGGCGGAGGAGGCGGCGGCGGUGGCGGAGGGAGCGGAGGCGGCGGAGGUGGUUGAGGCGGCGGAGGCGGCGGAGGUGGCGGAGGCGGCGGCGGCAGCAGUGGACUUGGUCGCGGCUCUGUGCAGAGGAGUGGCUCCGGUGGUGGUACGCGCCAGCAGCAGCAGCGCAGUCGUGAGACCCUGUCCCCUCAGCAGCUUCGUGAGUGGUACGCUGCGCGUCAGCUCGGUGGGGGUACUGGUCCCUGCACCUACGUUGUCCGCACUGGCAACCGCGCUGGUGAGUAGUGCGGGGGCCCGCACUCCACCCAGCGCUGCUUCGGCCGCCUGA